UUACAUAUUCCGUACUCUAUUUUGUUUCCUCCACAUUUCAUUUCAUAGUAAGAUUUUCAUUUCAAUUUGCUACCUUCAUCAAUCAGUGUGACUGUGAACUCAUCCUUUUUGGCACGUCUCUGUAAAAACCUCAGAGAAGGCUGUGUAUUUGGAAACGAUGGCUUCUGCAAAAGUGGUUGGGUUUGCUGGCUUGGAUGAUAUCAGCUUGGAAUUGGCUUAUUCUCUUCUCAGUUCCGGCUAUUCCAUCCAAGCAUAUGAGGCAUCCAGUCCUUCGAUCAACAAGUUUUCAAAAAUGGGCGGUAAAGUAUGUGACACCAUAACUGAGGCAGGGGAAGGAGUAGCUGCUUUGGUCAUAUUGGUAUCUCAUAACGAUCAAGUCAAUGAUGUAAUUUUUGGUCAUGGAGGUGUUUUAAAUGGGUUGAGCAAAGAUGCAGUAAUUAUUCUCCAUUCAACUAUAUCACAUUCAGACAUCCAGAAGCUACAUGGAAGUCUAAAAGAAAAAUAUGAGAUGAAUUUUGUUGUUGAUAUGUAUGUCACAAAGGCAGUUUCAGAAAAUUUGAACGGGGAAUUAAUGAUUAUUUCUUCUGGAGUGCUGGAAUCCAUUUAUAGAGCACAAGCUAUUCUUUCGGCAAUGUGUGGAAAACUAUACAUCUUUGAGGGUGAACUUGGUGCUGGAAGCAAAAGUAAAAUGGUGAUUGAGCUUCUUGAGGGGAUUCAUUUUGUUGCUUCUGUGGAGGCAAUUUCUCUUGGCACUCAAGCUGGGAUUCAUCCAUGGAUAAUUUAUGAUAUUAUAAGUAAUGCUGCUGGAAACUCAUGGGUUUUCAAGAACUAUGUUCCCCAUAUGUUAAAGGGAAGACUAGCAAAACAGCAUUUCCUUCAUGUUCUUAUUCAGAAAAUUGGUACUGUUUUAGACAUGGCAAAGUCAAUGAUAUUCCCGCUUCCUCUUUUGACAGUUUCUCAUCAACAACUUGUAGCAGGAUUCUCACAAGGGAAAGAAGACGAUUCUUCAUUACUCAAGGUUUGGGAGCUAUUGCUAGGGGUAAAUAUCAGUGAAGCAGUCGGUGCUGAAAGUUACAACCCUGAGGAACUGGCUGGUCAAUGUAUUGCCAAUUCCGAUACUGUGAAAAAAAUUGGGUUUGUAGGUCUUGGAGCAAUGGGAAUUGGCAUGGCAACUCAUCUAUUGAAAUCAGAUUUCUCUGUCAAUGGGUUUGAUGUAUAUAAACCUGCACUAUCUCGAUUUGCAAGUGAAGGUGGCUUGACUAGUGGCUCCCCUGCAGAAGUAGCACGAGAUGUUGAUGUACUUGUUGUAAUGGUCACCAAUGAAACUCAAGCUGAAAGCGUUCUUUAUGGAAACAGUGGUGCCGUGCCAGCACUUCCAUCCGGAGCAUCUAUCAUCCUCUGUUCCACGGUUUCUCCUGCAUUCGUCAGCCAACUGGAGAGGCGUUUACAAAAUGAACAGAAGAGUUUGAAAUUAGUAGAUGCUCCUGUUUCUGGUGGUGUAAAGAAGGCGUCUAAUGGAACACUUACGAUAAUGGCAUCAGGUACUGAAGAAGCCCUCAAGCAUUGUGGUAGCGUUCUUUCUGCAUUAAGUGAAAAGCUUUAUAUUAUAAAUGGAGGCUGUGGGGCUGGAAGUUCUGUGAAAAUGGUAAAUCAACUGCUUGCUGGAGUUCAUAUUGCAUCGGCAGCUGAGGCAAUGGCAUUUGGUGCACGGUUGGGACUUGAUACAAGAUUGUUGUUUGAUGUUAUAAAAAAUAGUGAAGGAACAUCUUGGAUGUUUGAGAACCGCACUCCACAUAUGGUAGUGAAUGAUUAUACACCAUUGUCUGCACUCAAUAUCUUUGUAAAAGAUCUGGGCAUUGUUUCUCGCGAAUGCUCAUUACGUAGAGUCCCACUUCAUCUUUCCAAUCUAGCACACCAAAUAUUCUUGGCAGGUUCUGCGGCUGGAUGGGGUAGAUUGGAUGAUGCUGCCGUUGUUAAGGUGUAUGAGACACUGACUGGAGUAGCUGUUCAGGGGAAACGUCCAGAUCUCAGCAAAGAAUCUGUCUUAAAAUCCCUUCCAUCUGAGUGGCCCGAGGAUCCCAUCAAUGAUAUAUGCAAACUUAUUGAAAACAGCUCAAAAACUUUGGUUGUUCUCGAUGAUGAUCCAACUGGGACUCAAACUGUCCAUGGUAUUGAGGUCUUGACAGAAUGGAGUGUUGAAUCACUUGUUUUGGAGUUCAGAAAAGGGCCUAAGUGCUUCUUCAUUUUGACCAACUCCAGGGCACUAGGUUCAGAGAAGGCGAGUGCACUUAUAAUAGAUAUCUGCAGAAACUUACAGACUGCAGCUAAGUCUGUUGAGAAUGCUGACUUCACAGUAGUGCUAAGGGGGGAUUCUACUUUACGUGGUCAUUUUCCCGAGGAACCAGAUGCUGCUGUGUCUGUACUAGGGGAGAUGGAUGCAUGGAUAUUAUGCCCAUUUUUCCUGCAAGGAGGUCGUUACACUAUAGAGGAUAUACAUUAUGUUGCAGAUUCCGAUAGACUUGUUCCUGCAGGUGCGACAGAAUUUGCAAAAGAUGCUGCUUUUGGCUAUAAAUCUUCCAACCUUCGUGAGUGGGUGGAGGAAAAAACUAGAGGGCGCAUACAAGCUGGAGCUGUUUCAUCUAUUACUAUCCACCUUUUGAGAAAAGGGGGGCCAAAUGCCGUUUGUGAACAUCUCUGCAGUUUGAAGAAGGGCACAACAUGUGUAGUCAAUGCAGCUAGUGAGAGAGAUAUGGCGGUAUUUGCAGCUGGGAUGCUUCAGGCAGAAGUGAGAGGAAAACGUUUCUUGUGCCGAACUGCGGCUAGUUUUGUUUCUGCUCGGGUAGGAAUUAGGCAAAUACCUCCAAUUUCACCUAACGAUGUUGGAAUAAACAAGGAAAGGAGUGGUGGACUGAUAAUUGUGGGCUCAUAUGUCCCAAAAACUACAAAGCAGGUUGAAGAACUGAAGUUGCAAUUCGGUAAUUUGCUGAAGACAAUAGAGGUUUCAGUUGAUAGAGUGGCCAUGAAGACAUCAGAAGAGAGGGAGGAGGAAAUCAAUCAAACAGCUGAAAUGGCAGAUAUAUUUCUUAAAAGUCGUAAAGACAUUCUAAUAAUGACCAGCCGAGAGCUUAUUACUGGGAAAACUGCUUCUGAGAGUUUGGAGAUCAACUUCAAGGUUAGUUCUGCACUAGUUCAGAUUGUUCAGAGGAUAACCACAAGGCCCCGUUAUAUAAUUGCAAAGGGUGGAAUAACCUCAUCAGAUAUUGCAACAAAAGCGCUUGAGGCAAAGCGUGCCAAAGUUGUUGGGCAAGCUCUUUCUGGUAUUCCUUUGUGGCAGCUAGGUCCUGAAAGCAGACAUCCAAAAGUUCCUUAUAUCGUCUUCCCUGGGAAUGUUGGUGACACUAAAGCUCUGGCAGAGGUAGUGAAAUGUUGGGCUCAACUGUCCAGAUCAUCAACUAGAGAUCUUCUUGUGGAUGCUCAAAAGGGAGGAUAUGCUAUCGGAGCUUUUAAUGUCUACAACAUGGAAGGAAUUCAAGCAGUUGUUGCUGCAGCAGAGGAUCAAAGGAGUCCUGCUAUUUUACAGAUUCACCCUAGUGCUUUCAAGGAAGGAGGAGUUCCACUGGUUGCAUGCUGUGUAGCUGCUGCACAACAUGCUACUGUUCCAAUUACGGUUCACUAUGACCAUGGAAGCUCCAAGAAAGAGUUGUUGGAAGCUCUUGAGAUGGGAUUUGAUUCAGUCAUGGUUGAUGGCUCACACCUCCCAUUUGAAGAGAACAUUUCAUACACAAAAUACAUAUCGGUGUUGGCACACUCAAAAAAAUUGUUGGUGGAAGCUGAGUUAGGAAGAUUGUCAGGUACAGAAGAUGGCUUGACGGUGCAAGAUUAUGAAGCUAAGCUAACUGAUGUGGAUCAGGCUAAUAACUUCAUUGAGGCUACGGCGGUAGAUGCAUUGGCGGUGUGCAUUGGGAAUGUCCAUGGGAAAUACCCUCCAAGUGGCCCAAAUCUCAGACUGGAUUUGCUAAAGGAUCUGUACGGUUUGUGUUCAAAGAAAGGGGUUCAUCUGGUUCUCCAUGGAGCUUCUGGAUUGUCGCAGGAAAUCAUUGAGGAGUGCAUAAAGUUAGGAGUUAGAAAGUUCAAUGUGAAUACGGAGGUACGUAAGGCUUAUAUGGAUACGCUCAGUAGCACCAAAAAAGACCUCCUUCACGUGAUGAGCUCUGCAAAGGAAGCCAUGAAAGCCGUGGUUGCAGAGAAAAUGCGUCUUUUUGGAUCAUCAGGGAAAGCACAUUGAACGCUAGAUUGCACAACAAGACAUCAUGACCAUAACAGUAUUUGCCCGCCCCCUGAUGCUUGAUCUUUCCUCAAUCGUAAUCAACCACUAAUUCUUCUACGUGACCGAAUAUGUUGUGGUGUUUAACUCGUUAUGGCAAAUUGUACACUUUCAUUUGUUCUUAUUAUCAAUUACCUUCAGCAUUCAAUAAAUAAAUAAAGCUCUACACCAGCCUUAUAUAAUAACGUCAAGGGGUCUUUGGAAUUCAUUGUGCUUGUAUUUCUGAUUCCGCUUCAAAGUGCUUUUUGAAAGAGCAUAAGCACUUUAGAAAAGUAUUUCCAAGCACCUCCUUAAAGGCUGGUAGUGAAGUUAGAGAGGCAAAUUUCAUCAUUCAAAUAUACCGAAUGCCCAACCAUCACAAUUUUUGCAUAUUUGCAAUAUUAAUUAUUAGGACCCAUAACAUUGUAAGUUUGUUUACAAUGUUAAAGGUUUAUAAUCUAGACGAGAUUGUACAGUAGGUUGGAAAAAUUCAUACUUGAACUAAUCAUGUUAAUUUUGGAAAGUACCAAUAAAAAAAUCUUAGUUCUUA